AUGAGUAAAAGGCCAAGUGAGGCGGUGAAUGACUGGGAUAAAGGCAAGCGGCCACAAGGAGCCCCUUCGGCUUCUAUAUGUCCUAUUUGUAAGAGGCCACAUUUGGGGGAGUGCAGACUAUUUACUGGUCGAUGUUUCAGGUGCAACAAGGAAGGGCAUCAGGUUAAAGACAGUCGAAUGCCAGAUCGAAGGCCACCACGAGCUACUCCUAGGAUUUUCGCCCUAAUUGAAGAGAAAGAUGAAGCACAUCCAUCAGUUGUCUCUGAUACAAGAGCCACUCAUUCCUUUGUGGCAAGUAAUUAUGUGACAAAGUGGAACCUGGAAUUUGAAUCAGCCCAUAGAAAUUAUAGUGUCAUGCUCCCUUCUGGAGAGUCGUUACAUUCCAGUCAAGUAGUAGAAGGAGAUAUAGUAUGCAUUGGCGGUCGGAAGCUGUAUGCAAGUUUAAUCAUAGUCGGUAUCAAGGGAUAUGAUGUAAUUCUGGGGAUGGAUUGGUUGUUGAGGCAUUACGCAACUAUAAAUUGUAGAGAUGGGGUAGUAAAUUUCAGACCACCGAAAGAGAAUGAAUAUUCAUAUCAAGCGACUACAAGAUCAGGUAAAAUUCCUAUUGUUUCCUCCAUGGAGACUCAAUAUAGGCUAAAAUCAAGUUGCAAGUAUUCUUAG